CUCUUUUCAUGUAAUUUUUGCAUGUGAAAAAAAAAAAUAGGCGGGGGAGGAGUUUAUUUUUGUUUAUUUUUUCCCCACACACACUUUUUUUGUUUUUGCUUUAAUAAACUCAUUGAACAUACGAGAUGGUAAAUACAAGGAAAAAUAGACUAUUACCAGUGUGGGUGUUCAAGUUGGUUGGAUUUUCUUCUUUAGCUACAGCACUGAUAGGUGUUGCAAUUUAUUUAUUUAAAAAGUAUCCGCCACGUCGUAAACUAACGAGAGAACCAGCAGAGAACACAUCGGAGCAUGUGCCCAUUGCAACACAGAAAAGUAGUUGGAGUAAAGGGUUUUUUGGCGUUCGGAAGAAUAAGAAAAAGAUGACAAUUUCCUUAAAGAAUACGGUGCUAUGGAACCCUUCGCCCGAUGUGAAUACACCCAUGUACGCCUUCCAAGAAAACAGUAUUCAGAUCCUAACACGACUUUCGUGUCUAUACGAUAUUUAUGUGAUUGUGCAUGUAAAUUCAGAGGAGGAAAAAGGUGACAUCCAACGUCUAUUAGAGAACGCAUCAUCCACCGAUGGAUUAUUCGUGGAUGGCGUAGAUAACAGAAAGAUCAUCUUUUGCUCGGAGGAAGAAGGCAAAAUACAUAUCAUUCGACAUAUUGAACCCCACAUGCAUGUCGAAGGAGGUUGGGAAAAGGACGAUGGAGAGGAUAUCAUUCAAAAGUUAAAACCCUUUGUGUCCAAAUUGAUUUGGAUUCAAAAGAGAAAGGAUGCUCCUAGCCAUCCUAAUGUUGAAUUGGCUGAUUUAUUAAUGCAUACCUCCAUCGCUCAGCAAGUAAAAGAUGCUUAAUCCCUACUGUCGUACACACUACUUGCCUUAUACAGAUGACAAAAUAAACAUUUAAUAAUUAUUUAAAGGCUGGAAAAAAAA